CAUGUCAAAUUAUAGGAAAAGCAUGUUAACACUCUAAAGGCCAAAUUAAUGACCAUAUGCUCAUUGAACUUGAUCAGAAUAUUCUUGAUGAUCUUAAGGUAGAGUUUGAAACUGGGUAAUCAGAGGUCAAAAACCAAGCCACUAGGUCAAAUCAAAGAAAAACUUUGUAAACACUGUAGAGGUUACAUUCUCUCUUUGAUCACCAUGAAACUACGUCAGGAUGUUUGUGUUUAUGAAGUCUACGUCAAGUUUGAAACUGGGUAACCUGAGUUCUAAAACUAGGUCACAGAGUCAAAUCAUAGAAAACAUUGUUAAAACACUGUUGAGGCCAUAGUCAGGGUCCACAUAUUUUGACCAAACCAGGUUUAAAGGAAGAGUUUAUGGAUACCUUUCAUAGGAUUGCAUUUGGGGCGCCUAUAUUCAAGGUCAAGGUCACUGUUACUAAAAAUAGAAAAAUAGUUGAAACUGAAUAACUUAAGUUAGGGUUGACAUAUCCUGACCGAACUUGGUAUAAAGGAAGAGUUUAUGGAUACCUUUCAAUCGAAUGUAUUUGGGGUCCAUAGGGUCAAUGUCACUGUUACUAAAAAUAGAAAAACAGACACAGGCUGAAGUUCUUCUGUCAAUCGUAAAAACCUGAUUUUGUCGCAUUGCGGCGUUACUUGUUUCUACUUUAUUUACAUGAAUCCUGGUCAGAAUGUACUUAUUACAGCAAGGUAAUUGAAAUGGAUCAGGUGAGCGAUAAACAGGGCCUUCAGGGGUCAGAGGGGGAUCGGGGUGCCUAGCCAGACUUAACAUUUGCUGGGACUCCGGGCCUGACAGAUGAACUUUGGGACGGCCCAACCCCACUAAAGUACCUCCAGACACUGUUACCCGGUGAAACAGUGGACACAAGGGUGGAUGAAAACAACCGCUAUAUAUAUGCAAAUCAGCAGUCAGAGCUCAGACAGGAAUAACAAGGGAGAUUUUCAAGAUCAUGAAUUGUUGCCCUAAACUGAUAAACGACCAUUGAGCCACCAUGAACAGACGGCCCCAUCGACCCCUCCUUGCCGGAUCGAAUAUUGUCACCUGCGUAACGUCACCAUGGCCAUUGCCCCAUCCUCCAUUAUUACAUUCCACCACUGCAACAAUACCUGAUGGAUGGGGAUUUCUUUGUACAGGUGCGGCCCUUGCCACCUCCCUUACAAAACUGGCUCUAAAAUAUGUCUGCCUGACAAACAACGUCAAGAAGCAAAAUGUAAGUUAGACAUAGUCACUUCUAAUGUAAUUAUCCUGGAUAUUUCAGUAAGAUUCUGAUGAACUACAAGAUAAUGUGUGUGUGCCUUGUCCUAGUCAGGUAACAACAUAAAACAGUAUGGCAGUGUUUUAUCACUUCCUAAAAUGGGGUCAACAUUUGGCCUCAUUUAUAAUAAGAUAUCACACAUAUCACCAAAACUAAGCAUGAAAGAAACAAAAUUGACAUUGGGGCCGCGGAACAGGUUAGCACGGGAGGGGUGUCCCCUACCGUCAAUAUUUUUUUUCAAUUUUAGGCAUAAUGAAAGACUGAAUUUCCAGUGAGGUCAGGUUUUAUUUUCAUGUUUUUAUCUAAACCUUUUUCGGUUAAAAUAGUUGAAAGAUAUAAAACUAUUAUCGUUUAGUAGCAUUUAUUCCUAUUUGCGCAGUCUCACAAUGUAUGUUAAAUAACAAAUUAGCGCAGUUUACCUCUUCAUAGUAAAGCCACGAGUGACUUCGGAACCAUUGCGAGUUGAAUGACAUGUGUUCAGUUUUCUUAGUGCCAAGCAUCUCUUGGGAAAUUUAAAACUUAUAGGCUGAUUCGGAACGUCCAUUUUAAAGUCAAACUUUUAUGUGACCAGUUUGAAAUAAUACCGGUACAUAUUGCUGGCUAUUUAAUGACAAUUCAUUUUUAACGAGUAAUUGCAAUUAUCACAAUGAACUACAGUUUUUGAAAGAUCAAAAACGAUACAAAUAAUUACCAGUAUUGUCUUAUUGCCUCUUCUUCCUCUUUAAUAAUCCAGCCGGAAUGUUUUCACGCAAUUCAGACACCAAUUAGCUAGAUGGUCACAGGUUUAAUUAUGACAUGGUGACCUGCUUAUUUAAUAUUGCGUCAGAUUGGUAUUGAUCUACAUGCGCGUAGCUUUAUUUAAAAUGUGAUUAUUAAGAAAAUUUGUAUUAAAUAUUCGGGGCCCCAUUGCCGUUACUAGCCAGAAUAUUGGGGCCGCGGCCCCUGCGGCCCCAGCUACUACGCGCCUGCAUGGCCACUGUUCUGCACUUGGGGAAAUCUGGAAUCCCAACCAAGCCAAUCACAGAUGAUGAUGUGGAUCGUAUAGCGACAUGCCUGCGUGUGUUCUCCGACCAAAGCCCACUGAUGACGGAGAUCUUCAAUGCGGCAUCACGUAACUCUGUCUCCCUCAUGCUGGCUGCCAAGAUGGCCGAGGAGAAGCAGGCACAACAGGCCAUGGAGAAAUAAUCUGACUGUGGUGAAGGUGCAGGCUGAUGAUUCUAUUUCUUUUGCCCAGCUUAUCAACAAGAAUGAGAUGGGAGCCACAGAGAACAUGUUUGAGCUGACUCUGUCCCAGGCCCUUGGAAUGACGUACAAGAAAGAGAAAGAUCCUCUUGGUUCAACCAAGCUGAACAAGGUGACCCAGCUGACUGGUUUCUCUGACCCGGUGUACGCAAAGGCGUAUGUGAACGUGAACCAGUUUGACAUUGUCCUUGAUGUGCUUGUGGUGAAUCAGACAUCAGACACGCUGCAGAACCUUACUGUUGAGCUGGCUACCCUAGGUAACCUAAAGUUGGUUGAGAAACCUAUGCCGCUGAUGAUGGCCCCACAUGACUUCUGUAACAUCAAGGCCAAUGUCAAGGUUGCCUCUACCGAGAACGGAAUUAUCUUUGGAAAUAUUGUGUAUGAUGUGACUGGUGCGGCUAGUGACAGAAAUGUAGUCGUCUUAAAUGACAUCCAUAUCGACAUCAUGGAGUACAUGUGCCAGCAGCCUGCAACGACUCUGAGUUCCGGUAGAUGUGGGCAGAGUUUGAAUGGGAGAACAAGGUGGCAGUGAACACACAUUCACGACCUGAAGGAGUUCCUUGCCCAUGUCAUCAAGUGCACCAACAUGAGAUGCCUAACUCCAGAGAAGCGUGCGCUGUUCCGAAAAUGAUGCUUCAUGUAACCGGAAAUGAUGAUGAUGAUGAUGUUUGCAACUGGAAGUGACAUCCCCCCCCCCCCCCCCCCUUCAUUCGGAAGUGAUGCACGUACAGCGAGCAGCCAAGAAUCCCGACAAACCGGAAGACCGUCUACCCGGGCCAGUCCAGGAAUGGGUAGAUUGUUUGUUGGUGGACCCGACCCUUUUCGCUGACGGUGCAACUAUGGUGUUCCCUUGUCUAGGAACAGAUCGUUUUGCAUCUAGAAAGUCUGUGAAGAAAAUUGGCCAUUCCAAGAGAACAAACAGACAUUUAAACUUCAAAUUAAUUGAUUGUCAAGUUAACAACAUUUGAGCCUUAUAGUUGCUUGAUCUGUAUCUUGUUGUGAUGUGACCAUCUUUCAUUAUAAUGUUGAGACAUAAGUAGGACUUAAUCAAAUAUUUAAGGAAUGAAUUGCGGGCUUGAUGUCAUUAUCAGGGUAUGAACGCAAUUUCGCUGGUCUAAGUGUGUCCGAAGGACUCCAAGCAUACUUUGACCAGGCCAAUUGUGUUCUUAUCCCCAAUAAUGACAUCAACCCCGCAAUUCAUUACUUAUAUUUACACCAAUAGUUCAUUAUCUCAUUCAAUAAUUGUCAUUUCAUUUAAGAAAAUCUUUCAGUAACUCUUUCCUACCCAUUCUGUAAAUAGAACGUUCGACUGUAACCGGAAGCAUUUUUCAAAUGACGUCACAAUAACGGAAAUAACUUUUAAACGUAAAAUUCAAGCACUUAUGGCAACAAUUCAUUUAAAAUUUAAAAAAUAAUACUUUCUAAAAUGUUCAUUUAUAUUUCACGGGACCUGCUGACACAACACAAACAUUAAUAAUAUCAUUAUUCUUUAUGUAUAUUGUUAUACAACUUAUUGCGAUCUGAAGAUGUUGUGUUCAUCGAUUGAUAAACACAAUUGUUGAAAGGCAGUUCAUUUAAGGAAUGGAAGUUGAGGUGUAAAUAUAUGUUAUUGAAAUUUAAAAUCACUAUUUUCGUACCAUAUACUGUUAAUUAUUGUUGAUCGAAUUAUGAAUGCUUACCAUUAAGGCCACUGUUAAUUUAUUUUGUAUCACUGUUAUAGUUUUUUUCAUUGGAAAAAAUGUAGGGUACAGUAUGCAGAUUAAACAUUGAACAACUAAUUCACAUAUUUUGCAUUUUGGAUGUUUUCAUACUUUUGUUCAAAUAGCCAAAGGAGCUGUAUUUAAUGUUCUUUAUUACAUACUUUUUACAUACAUGUAUAUCAUGUUAUGUGGUUUGAAAUAUGCAAAUGAUUUUAGGGGUGAGAGUGGUCUAGUGGUAUAGGUGUCCGCCUCUCACCCAAGAGGUUGUGGGUUUGAUCCCCACCAGGGGUACUUUCUCAUAGCCUCUCAAAAAGGACACAGUACUGGUUUCUGCCCAGGAAACGGGCUCGAGAGUGAUUCUAUAAGCUAUCAGCUUUCGUCACAAUCAAGCUAAAAAUAAAUUAUGGCAAGUAUUGUGAAACAAAAGUCACUCAACAGUGGCCUCAUCUUAGGAAAUGUUAGAUUAUCACAAAUUUAUGAAAUGAUUUACUUUGUUUUGAUGAAUUCCAAUUUAUCUUUAUGAUGCAGAAUUUUGCAUUUUUUAAGAGGUGUUUAUAAACCGUAAAGAUUUCAGAAAAUUUAGAUCAAGUGUAUAAUUUGGUUAUGUCUGAUUAUUUUUUUACCGAAAACACUUCAUAGAUGAAUAUAACUGACUGAACUAUUUGAUGUAUUCUUUGCAUAUAAGCAUUUUUGUUUUACCUUUUUAAAUUGGAUAGAGUGGGAAUAGAGAAAGCUUUCAAUUGUUUUAAAUUUAUUAAGAACAAGAGAUGUUUGUCAAACAUUAUGCCCCCUGAGCGCCAAGUUGCCAGAAAUAUUUGGACAAUUGAAUGAAAUAUGCAUGGACUGAAAUGACAGCUGAUUUGUCAUUGGAUGCAUAUGAGGCAGGUCAUCUACUGGUCAUACCUAAUCUUCAUGUCAAGUUUGAUGACCAUAGGUCCGGGAAUUGUUGAGUUAUCACUCGGACAAGCUUUGGUCUUCCAACAGACCGGCCGACAUGUGCAAAGCAAUUAUAUAACCCCUCUGCUUCGAAGGGGGGCAUAAUUAAACUAGAUGUUCACUGAAAAUUGAUACUUCAACUCAUGCAUUUAGUGACAUAUAAAUUUCUACUGUCUACUAUAUAAGAAAAUAAAAUAUGGACAAUCAGAAAACCUUUUUUCAGCUUACAGUCACACUGACCUUGACCUUUGACCCACUGACCUCAAAAUCAAUAGGGUUCAUCUGCUGGUCAUGACCAAUAAGCCUACCUAGUAUGA